AUUCUGCAGCCGGCAAAGGACCCUCACACAGCCUCUAUCACCUCCUGCAUUUUUUUUCCCCGGAAUACAGAGCUGACCUUUGGAGCAAGAUGUGCAAGGGACUCGCUGCACUGCCAGCCACAUGCUUGAAAAGUGCCAAAGAUAUGAAACAUCGUCUGGGCUUCUUGCUGCAGAAGUCAGAUUCCUGUGACUACAGUUCUUCCCAGGGCAAGAAGGAGAAAAUAUCUCCUACUCAGAGGGUUAGCCAAGAGGAAGUCAGAAAGUGGGCAGACUCUUUGGAAAACUUGAUCCAUCAUGACAGAGGACUGGCUGCUUUCCGGGCUUUUCUCAAAUCUGAGUACAGUGAAGAAAACAUUGAGUUCUGGGUCAGUUGUGAGGACUACAAGAAAACCAAGUCACCAGCCAAGCUCAGCCCCAAGGCUAGAAAGAUCUACGAUGAGUUCAUCUCUGUGCAGGCAACGAAAGAGGUGAACCUGGAUUCAUGCACACGGGACAAGACAAGCCGGAAUAUGCUGGAGCCUACACUGUCCUGCUUUGAUGAGGCUCAGAGAAAAAUAUUUAUCCUCAUGGAGAAGGAUUCUUACCGCCGUUUCCUCAAGUCCCACUUCUACCUGGACUUGGUGAGCCCACCUGCUGUUGGCUGUGGGCCUGAAAACUGCAAAAGAAGCCAUGUUCACACCUUAGACUGCAACUCUAACAUCGUCUCUCAGUGUGCCUGAACCUGUAGCAAGCCAGGAGCAGGCAGGGCUCUUGCAGGAAUAUAUGGCAGCAAAAGCAUUCAUUGGCAUGAAGCAACAGAGCUGUCUCCAGUAGCUGUCUAAUAUCCCAGUUGUGUUCCAUGUCAUGCAACAGUCAGCAUUUGUAACCCAAGCCAGGCUCUGUUUGUGUAGCAAACCCUCCUGUGACUCCAUCUGUGUAGGAGCCCUGGAGUCUGUUCGACAUGAAAGCUGGGUGAAAUCAU